CAAAGUGUGUGUGGAUUGCAACUAUGAUGUGCGUUAUCCCCGUAAUCUUCAGAAUUAAAAGGCAUUUUAAAUUCUCUGUCUUUCACAGAUUGAACAUUCCUUACUUUAUUUGAGAAUGUAACUAUUUAAUAGAGCAAGAGCUUUUUUUAAAACUUACUUCUGUGCGAAGUCUUGCAGCUAUCUCAACCUCAUGGCUUUAUCAGCUGUUACCAAAACAAUAAUCCUUGUUGCCGUGGGGCUCAUCUUGGCUCUCAUGGGAUUACUCUCCUUUGUAUUAUUCCCGCGCAUUUUACAGUGGCAAGUGGAAGAGAAUUUGGUUUUGUCCCCAGAGGCCGAGCCGUAUGAGUAUUGGAAAGUUAUUCCAGUGCCAAUAUAUGCAAGAUUUUAUUUUUUCAACAUUACGAAUACCAAAGAUAUCUUAGAACAUAAUGCAAAACCUCACGUUCAAGAACUUGGUCCAUAUACUUUUCGGGAGACUCGAGAAAAAGUUAAUAUCACAUGGCAUGACAAUGGAACCGUAUCCUAUCAACAAGUAAAGAGAUGGUUCUUUGAACAUGAGCUAACUACAGGUUCAUUGGAAGAUGUAGUGACAACUGUGAAUGUCCCUCUUGUGACUUCUGUAAAUCAAGGCAUGUUAUCUGGCGAUGACUUUUUACUUAAUGCCAUCAACGCCGUUCUAGAAUCAACGAACAGUUUGGUUUUUGUUGAAAAAUCUGUGAAUAGCUUGUUGUUUGAAGGUUAUGAAGAAAAAAUUUAUGAAACAGUGCAAGAAAUGGGAAUACCUGUUCCAUAUGAUAGAUUUGGCUGGUUUUAUUCUAAAAAUAACAGUGAUGAUGGCUUAUACACAAUCUUCACUGGGAAAAAUGAAGUGGGAAAAUAUGGCUAUGUUGAUAAAUGGAAUGGGAAAAGCCUUGUAGCUGGAAGGCAUUAUCCAUGCAACAUUAUUGAUGGAACAGCUGGUGAUAUGUGGCCUCCUUUUAGAAAUGACAAAGAACAGAAAUUGCAUCUGUUUGCAGCUGAUAUUUGCAGCACACUUCAUUUAAGCUAUCUAUCAGAAGUGCUCGUAAAUGAUAUCGAAUUGUAUAGGUAUUGGUUAGAUGAAACUGCUUUUGAUAAUGGGAAAUAUGAGAAAGCAAAUGAAUGCCAAUGUAAAGACUUCUGCAAGCCACCUGGAGCUUUGGAUAUUGAAGAAUGUCAACAUGGUGCACCUGCUAUUGUUUCUUUUCCUCACUUUCUGUAUGCUGAUCCCCAGUAUUUAGAAAAAAUAGAUGGCUUAAAGCCAGAUCCAGAAAAGCAUAAAUUUAUCAUUGAUUUGGAGCCAAAAUUGGGUAUUCCUGUCAAUGUAAACGCUCAGUUGCAAAUAAAUGUUGCCAUUCCUCGAUGUGAUGGAAUACAUGCACUUGAGUUCCAGAAUGAAACAAUAUAUUAUCCUAUCAUAUGGUUCAGUGAGUCUGCCUCAAUCAGCCUUGAAACAGCAGAAAAGCUCAAAUUUGUUACGAAAAUGCUACCACAGUAUGUUACUAUUGGUUGCUUUGUUCUGGUCAUUUUUGGAGGCAUCAUUUUAAUUCUCACAUUUCAUAACACCAUUCGUCGAUACCGCAAAAAACCUCAUAAACAAAUGGUUUACACAGCUGUUCGAUUGGAGAGAGAUUCUAAAAAUGACAAGCCACCAUGUCUUCAGUUGCAGUAACUAUGAAAUAUCAUCCAUUUUCUAUCUUUAAGACUGAACUUUUUAUUCACAAGUGCCAUUUUAUGUUUGUAUAUAGUUUUUUAUAUGACUUGUAUUUUUAUAAAAUAUAGCUAUUGAUCAUUUCACUUUUGUACUAUAUGUACAUAUUACAUAGUACAAACAUUUUAUUGUUACUAAGCAAUUGUGUAUGAUCUGAACGUGUAAAUUGUCUGAUCGCUUAAGUGAUAUAAAAAAUUCCAAAAAUAUAUGGUGCUCAAUUCUUUUCACAAUUGCUUGUAUGCUUCUAAACAUAUCAGUCUAUGCAAAGUUGAGUUAAGUUAAAGUUUAACUGUGGAUGUUUCUUUUUUAAAUCUUAGGUUUUAAAUGUACUUGCUGUAUUAAAAUCUGAAUGUUAUGCAUAGUUGUAAAAAAGCAGUUGAAAACUUUGUACUGUGGAAUAAGUAAAAUGACACAACAUGCAUAAAAUGCAAAUAAAAGCAAUUUAAAACAGAGUUAAAAACUCGGCAAACAGCUGUUUCGGGGCUGUCAAAUUCAAGCCCCUUCAUCAGUGCAUAAAAAAGAAUGAAUGGUUUACCAAUGCAAACCAAACGACAAAUGGAUUUUAUUUGUACUUUAUACACGUCGUGUCAUUUUACUUAUUAUGCAUAGUUCAAUAAAAUAGAUAUAUUUAAUGCCCCCUGUUUGUAUAUAAUCUAAGAAAGAGAGAGAGAUAGAGAGGUAGAAAAUAUAUUUAAUCAUUCCUUAGGUUUAAUGUCAUGCCUAAUAUUGUAUUUACUACUUAAGUUUAUUAUUAUUAUCAUUAUUCAAUGUCCUUUUAUUUUGCUGUAUUAAGUUGCCUCAUUUUUGUUUUCCAACGCUAUAUGUGUAUAUUUUGAUGAAGAUUGAUUUAGUUUUUGAAAUUCUUAUUUUUACUUUAUUUAUGUAUUUUGCAUUUUUGUCGAUAAAGUUUAAGCUUUUUAUUUUAUUAAUAAUGAAAUUUUGUAUGUGUAAAUGUCUAAUAAUUGCUGUACAGAAAAUCAAAAGUCAAAAAAAAAAAAAAAAGAAAUUGUGCACACAUUGUUUUCAAAAUAUUUUGUCAUAUUUUACAAUUGCUGUGUUUCAUGACGAUGUUUCGCAUUCUAAAAUUAAAUGUGUUACAGUUUUUCAAUUUUCUCUAUGUAGUUCAAGGCUAAUAUUGCUAACUGUCUGAAACCUUGACUCUGUAAAUUUUGGAACACAAUAUUUUUUAGAAAUUUGUUGCAAAUUAUAUUAGGCAAAAAAAAAAAAAAAAAAGUUUUUGUUUUUCUUUUAAAAGGAAAUAUGAAUCUUUAGGUUUAUGAAUCUUUUCCAAAAAAUUUUGUAGUGAAAAACUUGAUUGGUUUCCGAUUGAACAUUCAUACUAAACUCUGCAAUGCGGUUCUUUAAUUCAGUAAAAAAAAAGGCUCUUCUCUCUCUCUCUUUUUACAUGUGCUCUUUUAUUACGUCCAAGAGGUUUUUUUUUUUUUUUAAAUGACUGGAGUGUAGAUAUUCAUGCUUGAUUUCUGCUUCAAGGAAUUUUCAUAGAAAAGUGUAAAUAACUGAUACAACAAAGUACUUUUAUGUAUUAAUGAAAUGCAUAUGCUCAAAUUGAUUUGCCAAAUAUAUCCAUGGUAAACAUCAGAUUCCAAAAACUUGUUUCAGCCAUUUAAAAGUGCUCACAAAGUUGUUUUUAAACAAUUUACCUUUUUAUAAAAUAACUCUAAUUAAGAAUAUUACAUUCCAAAAUGAUAAGAAGAGCUCCUGUUUUUUACUAUAAUCAUCAUCAGAAUGUUUCAGUCAAGGAUGAUAAUUUUAAGAGCUAUCACAAUUGGUAGUGCUUGAGAUUGAAUUAUAUUCUUGUUUUUUUAUAACGUAACACCUUCCCUCAAGUGUUUGAUGUGUUAUUUGACAAUGAAAAUUUCCUACUAUUUUAAGCCUAUUGUGAGAUUAACAUGAAAGUCAAAUAAGGAUAAAAUCCUGAAGCUAUGUUAUAUGUUUGAAAAGAAAUGAAAACAAGUUAAUAGACACAUUAAAUAUAAGUUAGUUUACCAAGAGUCUAUUCAUUUCUUCUUGUCUUUAAGGCAAGUUUUGGGCUGUAAAUUCCUGCAACUUUUCCAGCUGUAUGAGAAAUUUAAAGAAAUAGCCUGUACAAAAAAGUACUAAAAAUUAAUAAAAUGACCAUUGCAAUUUUUCCUGAAUUUAGAAAUAAGCUCAUUACUAAGUAAUAAUAAUCGCUGUAAAUAAUGUAUAUGUUUAAUGCUUAAAUAUAAGUAAUUUUAUGUAUGCAUAAUAAAGUCGAAAAAUAGCAAUUUAUAUUGUUAUUUAUAUGCAUAACUUUGUUAAGUCCUCUUUCUCGAUUGUUACUCCUUCAGCAUCACUUCUGUAUACAGAAUUUUGUAAUUUCUUGAAGGUAUUUAGUGUUUUAGUAUUUUACUACGCUUAAAGAUUUGGUACGUGUCAUAAGAGUCCGUCCAAGCCAUUAGAUAUGUGCCUUAUAAUAUAUAUAUAAUGUUUUGAGAACUUUACAAGAGAUAUUCGCUAAAAGUAUCUGCAUUCUCAUUUGCUACGCGUUCAACAAAGCCAUUUUUGCCAACUGAGUUUUUUAAAUUAAAACUCAUUUUUUAUUUUGUUUCCUGGAAAUGGCAACUCUAAGAUCACUUUAUUCUGUUUAUUAUUUUUUAGAAAUAUUCGCUACUCUUAUUUAAUUGGGAUAAAUAUACAAUUUAGGAAAAAGGGUUUUUAUUCCUUUUUUUUAUCUCCAUAACAACAUUGAAAUUGCUAGGAGAGUAUCAGUGUUAUCAGUACGACUGCCAAACAUAAUAAUUUUGAAAAUAUUUUUUAAGCAACUUAGGAAAUCCAUAGGAGUCCAUAUCAAGUACGAAACUGCAGUUUCUAGAUGAUAUAACCGGGUUGUCAAUAUAUUGCAUGUAUACUUGUGAAAUUAUUUAAUAAUACCAACUGCUAUUUAUGCCUUUGUUUUCCCAAUUCAGUCAUUGAGGAAAAUAUAAUUUAUUGUUAUUAUACUUAAUAAAAUUAGAUCCAAGAAUGUAUAGUAUUAAGAAAAAAAUCUUGCUUAUUUUCAAAGCAAUUAAAUGUAGAUAUUGUACAGAGCAAAUGAUUUCUUAAUUGAUAUCAAAGAAAGUAGACCCAUAAUUUGGGGCAUUUGGAUGGGGGGAGGGGGGGGAGUGUGCAUGCAUUUUGAAUGCAAUGUAAUUUUGAUUAGAUUAAUUUAGAAAUAUAAUGUAUUUUUGCAUGUAUUUUGUUGUUUUUACCUUCAAAAUAUUGAAUAUGUACACUUUGCCCCCACUCCCCCUUUCUCUGCAGAAAACUUGAAAACUGCAGACCUUGAAAGAGAAUUAAUCAUAACUUAAAAACAUUAAUAACAUUCAUUGUUGAACAAUUGUAAAAUACAAAAUUUUUCCGAGUCUCUUGUAUAAUGGUCAUGUUUUCCUGAAGUAUUUAUGUCAACUUUGUGCUCAAUUUCUUAAAAUUUUCCUUUCUUUGUUGCUUUUGUGAACAUAUUAUAGCUUUGAUAGAAAUUAUGCUCUAUUUUUCUUUCUUCCCUUUCUAUUCUUUCUUUAACAUGGACCCCUGGGGGGUCCAUUUGAAUCCCUGCUGUUGGAGCCAAAAGUUUUUGAACAUCAUACAAGUAGGUUAUUGAUAGGAAUCUAAACAUUUGUACUCUCUUUUAGUAUUACCAUGUUCAAAUAGUGUUAAGAAAUAUGAAGCUACAAAUAACCACUCCAAUCCGAAGCUAAGGCAGAAUCGCACACAAACAAUUCGGUGGCUACUUGCAGCUUUGUAUCUUCAUUUUUUGAGGUGGAUUCAUACAAGGUUUGCAAACUUCUUGUUAGUGUGUAAAAAUAUUUUUAGCUACCAAUGUGAGAAUAUAUUCAGUUUCGAGGUAAUUUGCCUACAGCUUGGUUAUGGCUGUUCCAGACUGAUGAGUCCAAAACAAGGGAUGCUGUAACUGAGUUGUCUAGUCAUGAAAAGUAGCAUAAGAGUUUUAAAAUCUUUUUCUUAAUUUUUCUAAUAGUAAUUUAGUAAAACUUUUUAAAAAUAUGUACAAAUAUUGUUUAUUCAGUUGGUAAAUCACAAAACAAUAGUGAUCAUAUUUUGGUUUAAUUGCUGCUUUAAGAAAUUCCUUCAAAGAAAGUUGAUUUAGUUGUUAAAUAUCUGGUCAAAGAAAUAGAAUAAUAGCUUAAAUUAAGAUACAUAAAAUGCUUGUAAAAUUUUAUUAACUGUAAAAUAUUUAUGAAGAGUAUUGCAUAUCUUAUUUUAAAUUUGUAUAUGCCAAUUUAAAACUUAUUGUGAAUGGCCAUUCAAUUAUUGUAAACUUUUUAGCCUUAAAAGAAGCAUUUACGGUAUGUUCUAGUCACAGAUUACAUAUUUAGCUGUAUAUUUCUUUUGUUUUUGAAACAAAUUCACUUUCAGAAUAUUUUUGUUUAUGAAUUAGAAAAGUGUUGAUUGCUUUUCACAAGAUUUUUUAAUUAUGAGUUAAUUAUCACCAAAUGAAAAUACAUUGAUUGAUUUUCUAUAAUGAUUGUUGUUUGUAGCGUAUUUUAAGUAUUUGUUGAAAAAUCUGCGUUAUAUUAAAAAUUUAUGAAUUUCU